AGCAAAUUAGAAGGGACCGCUUACCUCCUCCAAAUUGAUUUCCUAUGACCAGUAAACACCAUGGAGCUACUUCAAAAAAAUUUCCUUUCUGUAUAAGAAAUUUUAAAAGCAAGAACCUAACUAUUUCCUCGAAACAAACAAACGACCUGUCAAAAACCAAGUAAUAGAAACUAGAAUAGAAAAUUCAAAUACAAUCUACCCCAGAUAUAUGUAUGUCUACGUCCAUCACGAUUCACUGGUGUUCCAGCCUGAGACGGGAAAGAUUCAAGAAUUGGGUUUGGAUGGGAACCAACGGUGAAGAAAAGCAUGUGUCUGGUCAUCUAGAACAAGAACCCAAGAAGAUUCUGAAAGCAUGCGUAGCAUGUUUAUGGUCGUUUUUGGUGAGUGUGGCAGGAGGAUUGUUGCUGGGUUAUUGGGAGUAUGAGUAUCACCUUACAAGUAGUCAGCUAUGGAUGGUACCUUUAGGUCUCAUUCUGCUAAUUACCCCACCGGUUGUUUGGUUCGCCCUUAUUGUAUCAGAAAUCUGCAAUUCAUCAAAGGAAGAUGAUGAUACCAAAAUGAAUCGAACCAUUACCAAAUCGGCACCAAAACAGACAGAAACGUCUCCUCUAACAAAAAAAGAAACUGCAAAAGCUUUUAUCAGUUGCCCAGCAAAAAUUGCGCAAAUGGAUAUGAGUUUAGGAUUACAACAUAGUGCAUUGCCAUUGCAUAUUCUUCACUGA